UUGUUUACAGCGGUGUGCGCUGCAGCUGCACAGACAUGGCUGUGGAUAUAACUUUACUUUUCAAAGCAAGCGUCAAGACAGUAAAAACCAGGAACAAGGCGAUAGGAAUAGGCUUCGACUCUACUAAAGAUGAAAUUCUCAAGAGGAGCAGACCCAAGAGUGGCUUCUCUCCGAAGGCGAAAGAAGUGAUCACGAACAUCACCAAGCUCAAAGACUUUCUGCUGCAACACAGGAAAGAUUAUGUGAGCGCCGGAAGUCUCAUCUCAUCAGAUCUUACCCGCAUGACGGACAGUGAGCGAGACCAGAUUGACCAGGAUGCUCAGAUCUUCAUGAGGACGUGUUCUGAGGCCAUCAAGCAGCUACGCAAUGAAGCGGAGAAGCAGGUGUCAUCAGCCCAGAUAAGGGAGCACAGAGGGGCAGUGCUGGACCUCAUUGAAGUGUAUCUGAGAGGAGUAUGUAAGCUGUACUCUGAGCAGAGAGCAAUCAGAGUCAAGAGAAUGGUGGACAAGAAGAGGCUGUCAAGACUGGCACCAGAGCACCACAGCAGAGUGGAGAAAACGCCAGAGGUAGAGCCCACGGAGGAGAAGACUGUCAAGGAGGAAAGCUCUGAGAAGAGCGCGUCAGAGGUUCUGGAUGACCCUGUCAACCUGUGGGAGGAGGGCCUUAGGGAGGACGAGCUCUCUCCUGAGGAGAUCCAGAUGUUUGAGCAGGAGAACCAGAGGCUGGUGAGCGAGAUGAACAGCCUGGUGGACGAAGUGAGGCAAAUCGAGGGGAAGGUGGUGGAGAUCUCUCGACUGCAGGAGAUCUUUGCUGAGAAAGUCCUGCAACAAGAAACAGAGAUAGACAGUAUUCAUCAGCUGGUUGUGGGCGCUACAGAAAACGUCAAAGAAGGCAAUGAGGAUAUACGAGAGGCAAUCAAAAACAACGCUGGCUUCCGGGUCUGGAUCCUGUUCUUCCUGGUCAUGUGCUCUUUCUCUCUCCUCUUCCUGGACUGGUAUGACAGCUAACACAGCUAGCCGACAUGGACUCUGUAUGACAGGGAACCGUCUGGCUCUGGCACAUAAAGAGACGAUGACAACACUGAGACUGAAUGUACAGUUGAACGUGCUGGACCUGGUGUUCUUCAUGAAGACCCUGUGUUCAAGAGGAGACAGCAGCUCGUUCUUCCCUGACGCUAACCAUCUAUGUUCAGUGUUUAAUAGCACGUGUAUGGAGAUGAGCACUGUGUCCACUUCCAGUGUGUGUAUGGUUAGUCAGGCAGCCUUCCUCCACCUCUAAAAGCAGUGAUAAUUUGCAGCUAAGUGUGUCUGACUGACUGAAAAACGCGCUAUUGAGAUUAGAGGAUACUGUGACGACUGGCAUCACACUGACUUUGCUGUCCCGUGAACACUGAUUUAACAGACUAUAAUCUUGUGUCCCAUCCAAUGACAUAUAAAUUUUACUUCACUGUCAGAUGUUGAGAAAUGUUUUGCUUUCCAGGUAAUUAUGAGCAGCAGAACAAUUUAUUUGAUGUCUAUCACAGCGUAACUGUACUGACACACCACUCAGUUUCUAGUAAAACUAAGCAGUACUCUUAAUUAAAUUCUGUAUCUUCUUUCUUUACUUCAGGAUAUCAUUUCAUAGCAGUUCAGACAUUUGAUAUUUAUGUCAAGCUUUCAGAUAACAUCAGCAGAAAGCCACGGCCUGUCUUGGCUCGUGUCAGCUAAAGAGGGGAAGCUGCCGACAAGAGAUUUGAUUCACACAGCGUCCCGAUAUUCCUGCUAAUCUUUUUAUUAGGAUUAACCCGUAUUCUAGUUCAAGCAUUACAGCUUACAGAAUUUUUUCUUUGAUCUUGACUGAAGGGAGCUGGAGCUGUUAACUGUAUUUAUUUUCUGCACUGAGGGAGUUUCAGCAUUACCGACGAGAUUUAUUCUGGGAGUUCAUGAAAAUGUUCUUAACGAUGUAUGGAUUCCACUUGGACGUGGGUGUGAAAUGUGGGCACUUUAUUUCGGUUUUCAUUGAACAUUUUUAUGUAGCAAAUGCACUUCAAUGGUAUUCAUUACAUUGUUUGAAAAAGGUACAGAAUUUGUGACAGUUUAAGUUAAAUGACAAAUACAGAAAAAAGCAACAGGACAAGCGACUACUGUCAGAUUGUUCCACUACAUCAACCUAAGUCUAGUAUCUGUGAUGGCUACCAACUGCCAUCUAUGGUGACAUUAAUCAAGUCAAAGCAUUGCGCAAUACAGUGUCUUCACUAGCAAUGCAAAAACAUUCAAUACAGUAGCAUAAAAUGUAUGUUAUGAAAAGUAACCGUUAAGUCUCAUGUAGCUGGCAAAGAAAAGCACAUGGUUCACAAUGAGUGGAGACAAUCAUUAAUGCUGGUUCCAAAGAUUUGAUGCAUCAAAUACUAAAAACUCCUUAAGAGCACUAUAUGCAGAGAGCAGUAUGGGCUGCGUCAAAACAACACAAUUAAAAUAGUUUUGUUUUUUUUCCCCCGCUGGUUAAAAGGCUUCCUCCAGGUCAAGCCUCUUUAUUCACAAUAUCAUGACAGUAAAAUAUUUUGACACAGAUGACCUCAGUCGCAAAUAUACUGCAGACUUUGUCGCUUCAUGAGAAAUUUACCACUUGCUGGACCUCGCGAGGUCUGACAUGCGCUAUCAGCACUUGACGUAAUUGAAAGGAAAGAGGUUCAAAGCAAACUGUUUUUAGAGUCCUGCGUGCAUGUGCGUUAAAACAAGCGACGCAGACACGAGAUGGUUCACAGUCAUUUCACAAUGUGAGUACUAAAGUGAGUUCUGUUACGUGUAUGUACAAAGACGGUGAGUGUGUGUCUGUUUGUAUUCCUGU